CUGAGCGCUCAGCGGAGCCACAAGAUGCGCACUAAACGCAGGGAGGAGCUUUGGGAUUUUUACCUCACUUGUUUUACGCCACACUUGAGUGAAGACUCGGUUUCAAAAGUAGAUUUUCCUGCGAAAGGUGUUGCUGCAGCCUCAGUAUUUGAAAAAUGAGCCCACUCGACUCCUCCAACACCACAGCAGAGGGGGAGGCUGGCGGUGACCUUUCAUUUUUGUUUAACGACAGCCUUGGUUCAUUCCAGCCGGGGUUCCAUUCUGAUAUCACCAAGCACCUUGGAGUCCAAAUCACCUUAAUCAUGGCUUAUUCCUUAAUAAUAUUGUUGGGGCUGCUGGGCAAUUCCCUCGUCAUCUACAUGAUUAUUCGCUACAGGAACAUGCGGACAGUGACCAACUACUUCAUAGCCAAUCUGGCGUUGGCGGACCUUCUGAUGGUCACUCUUUGCCUUCCCUUCACUCUGGUUUACACUCUGCUAGAUGAGUGGAAGUUCGGUGCCAUGUUAUGCCACAUGGUACCUUUUGCCCAAGCACUGAGCGUCCAUGUGUCUAUACUGACCCUGACUGUCAUUGCUCUGGAACGUUACCGCUGCAUUGUUUUCCACCUCGGUCGGCGCUUGACUUGGCGUUCCAGCCUCUUCAUUAUGGCAUUCACCUGGACUAUUUCUUCUGUCUUGGCAGCUCCCCUUGCCAUUUUUAGGGAAUAUCGCUAUGAAGAAAUUCCUUCUAUCAACCUGCGCAUGCCCGUCUGCUCUGAGAAGUGGCCCCAUGGCAUUAACAGGGACGGAGUCAUCUACAGCCUUUCAAUGAUCCUAUUACUGUACAUUUUACCUUUAGCCAUCAUCAGCUAUGCCUACAUAUGCAUCUGGGUCAAACUGAAGAACCACGUCAGCCCAUCCAGCCGGAACGGCAGCAUCAAUCGACGCAAGAAAACAACAAAGAUGUUGGCAUUGGUGGUGGUGGUGUUUGCGGUCAGUUGGCUGCCUUUGCAUGUGCUUCAGCUGGCCACUGAUCUGGACCUGGUGCUCCGAUUCGAGGAGUAUAAGCUCAUAUUUACUGUGUUUCACAUUGUCGCUAUGUGUCCUACCUUUACCAACCCUCUUCUGUAUGGAUGGAUGAAUAAAAACUACAGGAAUGGCUUCUUAAUGGUGUUCCGGUGUGAGGACAAGGCAGACUCUUUCCACCCAGAAGGCUCAUUUAGGACACGUUCUGUGAGAGGGCUGGCUGUGAACAGUCGUAAUGGUGGACAUCCUCCUACUGCUGUAUGAAAUUGGUGUGGUGUAAAUGUAGAAUCUUUAGAAUGUUGUUAAGACGUUUGGUUUAGGGGUUCAGAAGCCUAUUGGCUUGAACAUGUCUGGCCCUCAAUUGCUGUCAAGAACCUUGAAACCAUCUUUCUACCAAGUUCCAAGGUACAGGUACAUUAGGUACAAUAAUUCAUGGUGUGUCACUUCAAUACUUAACUGCUUAUGUGUUGCUGUUGGUAACAGCAUCUUAAAAAUAUCACAAUCAAUGAUCUGUUCUCUUCUUCUUCUGGUAAUUAUUUUGUGUCUGGUAAAUCUGACUCCUGCUGUUUUCAAUUUUAUAGGGAAACUAUGUGUUAUUGUUUGCAAACGCAACACUGAGACUUGGUUAAUGCAAAGCUUCAAUGUGAUCAGAAAAUGCCUUUCCAUAUUGGUCAAUUUAAGCAAAGGUCUGGGAUUUCUUUAUAUCAGUUACACGCCAGCAAAGUAGCAAAUCAUUCCAAACUUUGUUGAAAUGUUGAAGCUUCUCUGACAGUAUUGUACCAGGUGUGUUGUUUUUCUUAAACUUUUUUUCUUUUUUUUUUAUUUAAACAUCAGAAAAUAAAUUUUUUGGAGGGGAAUAUCAAGCUAUAUCAUAUUUUCAACAAAAAAAAAUGCUUUUUUCCACUUUUAAGGCAAUCCCUAAUUGAAUAAUGAAUUGGUAUGGAGAUCAAAGGUGUGAUGUUUUGGGAAUGAGCUUCAAUACGUUUGCUUUCACAGAAUAAUCUCUUUUCCUCUCUGUUUAAUAAGCUGACACUCUAAACAUUAAACUUAAAAUGAAACGAUAAACCAAACUAAAGAGAUUGUGUCAUACUAUUAUCUAAAAUUAUAUUGCAAAAAUGAAAAAUAUUAACGUAUAAAAGAAAAGACCAACAAAUGUUUUAUAAUUUUUGGCAACAGUGCUGCCAUGUUGCAGAACUCUAAGCGGUGAUGUCACAGGGUUGGUAGGCUCUGUAACUGCCAUUUGAGUAUCUUAGUAAUACCAACUAUACCAUACAAUCAUAAACUUCUUAAGAAAUUUGGUAUGAUGAAAGACGAAGCUGA